AUGUCAGACGCCGACAAAAAGUCCGAAUCCUAUGAGUUCACAGCUGAGAUCUCUCAGCUGAUGUCUCUCAUCAUCAACACCGUCUACUCCAACAAGGAGAUUUUCCUGCGAGAGCUCAUUUCCAACGCUUCCGAUGCUCUGGACAAGAUCCGAUACCAGGCCCUGUCCGACCCCAAGCAGCUGGAGACCGAGCCCGAGCUCUUCAUCCGACUCACCCCCAACAAGGGCCUCAAGACCUUUGAGAUUCGAGAUACCGGUAUCGGUAUGACUAAGGCUGAUCUCGUCAACAACCUGGGUACAAUUGCCAAGUCCGGCACCAAGUCCUUCAUGGAGGCUCUCUCCGCUGGCGCCGACGUGUCCAUGAUUGGUCAGUUUGGUGUUGGUUUCUACUCUCUUUUCCUGGUUGCUGACCGAGUCCAGGUCAUCACCAAGCACAACGACGACGAGCAGUACAUCUGGGAGUCUUCCGCCGGUGGUAAGUUCACCAUUACUCUCGACACCGUCAACGAGCGAAUCGGCCGAGGUACCGUUCUGCGACUCUUCAUGAAGGAGGACCAGCUCGAGUACCUUGAGGAGAAGCGAAUCAAGGAUGUUGUCAAGCGACACUCCGAGUUCGUCUCUUACCCCAUCCAGCUUGUUGUCACCAAGGAGGUUGAGGUCGAUGCCCCCUCUGCCGACAAGGUUGAGAAGGAGCUCGAUGCCGACUCCGAAGAUAAGAACCCCAAGAUUGAGGAGGUCAAGGACGAGGACGCCAAGGACGAGAAGCCCCAGAAGAUCAAGGAGAUGGUCACCGAGAACGAGGAGCUUAACAAGGUUAAGCCUCUGUGGACCCGAAACCCCGCUGAGGUCAAGCCCGAGGAGUACGCUGCCUUCUACAAGUCUAUCUCUAACGACUGGGAGGACCACCUUGCUGUCAAGCACUUCUCCGUCGAGGGUCAGCUCGAGUUCCGAGCCAUUCUCUUCAUUCCCAAGCGAGCUCCCUUCGAUCUCUUUGAGUCCAAGAAGAAGAAGUCUAACAUCAAGCUUUACGUCAAGCGUGUCUUCAUCACUGAUGACGCUGAGGAGCUGAUCCCCGAGUGGAUGGGCUUCGUCAAGGGUGUUGUUGACUCCGAGGACCUGCCUCUUAACCUGUCCCGAGAGGUUCUGCAGCAGAACAAGAUUCUGAAGGUCAUCCGAAAGAACAUUGUCAAGAAGCUGAUUGAGGCCUUCAACGAGAUUGCUGAGGACCGAGAGCAGUUCGACAAGUUCUACACUGCCUUCUCCAAGAACCUCAAGCUCGGUGUCCACGAGGACUCCCAGAACCGACAGGCUCUUGCCAAGCUCCUGCGAUACAACUCCACCAAGUCUUCCGACGAGCUUACCUCCUUCGAGGACUACAUCACCCGAAUGCCCGAGCACCAGAAGAACAUUUACUUCAUCACCGGUGAGUCCAUCAAGUCCGUUGAGAAGUCUCCCUUCCUCGACGCCCUCAAGGCCAAGAACUUUGAGGUUCUGUACAUGGUUGACCCCAUUGACGAGUACGCCAUGGCCCAGCUCAAGGAGUUUGAUAACCGAAAGCUGGUUGAUAUCACCAAGGACUUCGAGCUUGAGGAGACCGAGGAGGAGAAGAAGCAGCGAGAGGCUGAGGACAAGGAGUUCGAGCCCCUUGCCGCCGCCCUCAAGGAGAUUCUUGGCGACCAGGUCGAGAAGGUUGUUGUGUCCCACAAGCUUGUCGACGCUCCUGCUGCCAUCCGAACCGGCCAGUUUGGCUGGUCCGCUAACAUGGAGCGAAUCAUGCGAGCCCAGGCUCUGCGAGACACCUCCAUGUCUGCCUACAUGGCCUCCAAGAAGACCUUUGAGAUUUCUCCCAAGUCUCCUAUCAUCAAGGAGCUGAAGAACAAGGUUGAGGCCGAUGGUGCUGAGGACCGAACUGUCAAGGACCUCACCACUCUUCUGUACGAGACUGCUCUGCUGACCUCCGGCUUCACUCUUGAUGAGCCCGCCAGCUUUGCUUCUCGAAUCAACCGACUCAUUUCUCUCGGUCUCAACAUUGACGAGGCUGAGCACGAGGCUUUUGCCGAGCCCACCCCCAGCACUGAGGACAACUCUGCCAGUGUUAUGGAGGAGGUUGACUAA